AUGGCAUCUGGUGGAAAACCCAUACCCAUAGUUGACGAGGAGGAAAGUGAAGAGGAGACUGUUCUUUCAGAGGAAGGUGAGGGAAAACGACUGAAAACGCAGACAAAGAAAGGCAUGGAACAGUUUUUGACAUUUCUUAAGAAAUAUAGUUCUCAAGAACAAAAGGCAUGGACAAUGAUUGAAGAAAUCUUAGUUGAUAUAGAUGAAAAUAUAGACCAGAAGAAUUUUAAAGACUUACGCAAAAUUAAAGCAGAGCUUCAGCAAUUUAAACGUACUUACUUUGAUUGUGCAAAUGACUUUCUUUCAUUUCUUAAAAGAACAAACACAAGAGAAAGUAAUGAAGAAUUUUCUAUUCAAGAACCAAGAUUUCGUAAACGUUCUGACAUCAUAGAUCAGCUCAUGAACCGUAUUGAGGACGCCCUUCUAGACGCAGCAGAUACCAUAUCACGAGCAAGUGGUUCCGAAGGAUCCCGAUCACAGAGUAGAAGUUCUGUCAGUGAAAUGUCAAAGUCUCGUGUUCUGUUAAGACAGAAGGCAGAAGCAGAAAAGGCUAAAUUAGCUUUCGUCAGACAGCAAGUUGACCUUCAAACCGAGAAGUCAAAAAUUGAAGGACAAAUACAAAUUCUGAAUCAAACGUGUUCAGCAGCAAUCGCGGAUGCAGAAGCCAAAGUGUUCGAAAGAGAAGAAAGUGAAACCAAAAGUGAAAGAAAUUCCAUCUUAGAUGAGCUACCCAAAGACAGAGGUCAGCGUGUUGCAGAUUAUGUGGAAAGUGUUUCUCGAGAUCAAGAAUCAAGUGUUAGAUUACGUGUGAACCCAAAAAUCGUUCAACCAAUUCCCUCAAGUUAUAACUUUGAUGUUCCUUUAACUCGACCAAAGGAGGAUUCAGUGGAAACUGUGACUAAAUUCUUGUUAAGGAAGGAAGUGUUGUUAUCCCGGUUUAGUAACUUUGAUGAUGAACCAGAGGCUUACAACGCAUGGAAACUAAACUUUACCUCAAUCAUAAAGGACCUGCAGAUUUCAGAAUUCGAGGAACUUCAGUUACUUGUGAGAUGGCUAGGACCGGAGUCCUCUAAACAUGCAGCGGACAUCCAACAAGCAAACGCCGGAAAUCCUGGAAGGGGACUACGUCAGAUUUGGGCAAGAUUAGAUGAGAGAUAUGGGGCAAUCGAACUCAUCGAUGAUUCAUUAAAAUCGAAGUUGGCCGCUUUUCCACAACUUACGAUAAAGGACCCUAAAGAACUUUACAAACUGUCUGAUCUACUGACACAAGUGGAUGGUGUGAAGAAGAAUCCUAAAUAUUCAGCAGCAUUAUCCUAUUAUGACACCUCUCUUGGAAUUGCACCAAUAGUAAGCAAACUUCCGUAUCAAUGGAGAGAAAAAUGGAUCAACAGGGCCUCAGAAUAUAAGGAGUGUCAUAGUGUUCCAUACCCACCAUUUACAUACUUUGUGAAAUUUAUACAAGACUUAUGUCGUGUGAGAAACGACCCUGGAUUUCAGUUCAGUGAACCAACAAAGAAAGAGACUAAAACCAAAAACACUGGACAGAUUCGUUCCAGAAAAACUGAUGUUAAGCCUAGCAAGUCAACAGGACAAAGAAAAUCAUGCUUUUUAGAACAUAGAGUUGAAUCCAAUCAUAAUAUCAAAGACUGCCGUAAGUUUCGUACCCUUCCUAUCGGUUCAAGGAAAAAGCUUCUCAAGGAAAAUGGAAUUUGCUUUAGAUGUUGUGAUUCCAAAGAACACUUAGCAAGAGACUGUAAUGUGAAAUUAAAGUGUGACAUGUGUCAAAGUUAUAGACAUUGUGGUGCCUUACAUGUUAACAGUUCCCAGGGUGGGGAGGAUAAGGAAAAUUCGCAUGGCGGGGAGAACAGUAUAUCAUCUUUUACAACUAACUGUACUCAAGUCUGCUCACCCGCAUUCAGUGGCAAAUCUUGUGCAAAGAUUAUUUUAGUGAACAUUUUUCCAGUUGGCCGCGAAGAUUUAAAGAAAAGAGCAUAUGUGAUUCUCGACGACCAAAGCAGCAGGACACUUGCGAAGUCAUCAUUCUUUGACAAGUUCGGAAUCAAGGGACAAGAAAUUUCAUAUACAUUGUCAUCAUGCAGUGGUUCGGCCAUGGUCUCCGGGAGACAAGCCUUUGAUUUCGUUGUAUCUUCAAUACAGAGUGGCGAACAAAUACACUUACCAUCAAUUAUUGAAUGUGAUGACAUCCCUGUUUCAUACGAGGAGAUUCCAACCCCAGCUGUAGUUAAACCAUACAAACAUUUAUCAGACUUGGAGUCUGAGAUCCCACCAAUAGACGAUAAAGCAGAAGUGAUUCUUAUUGGACGGGAUGUUCCCAGUGCUCAUCAUGUGCUGGAACAAAAGAUUGAUAAACCAAACCUACCUUUCGCACAGCGACUUCCCUUAGGCUGGGCCGUUAUAGGAGAAUGUUGCCUAGGUAGAGUACACAGACCACAACAUGUGGUUGUGAACAAGACUCAGAUUUUAACAUCUGGACGAGGAACUCAUUUUACCCCAUGUUCAUCAAAUCUGAGAAUUUCAACAUAUCAAGAUGAUACAGACAUUCAGUGUUCGUGUGAGAAUGGAAUUCAGCUUUCUCAGAUCUUUGAACGCACCAAAGACGAUAACAUUCCAGGAAUGUCAAUCGAGGACAGAGAAUUCUUAGAAAUCAUGAAGGAAAAGUGUCAUAAAGAUGAGAAAGGACAUUGGUCAGCUCCGUUACCAUUCAAGUUAAACAGAAAUAGACUACCUAACAACAGAGAACAAGCGUUGAAAAGGACUUAUUCACUGCUGAAAACUUUUAAGCGUGAUCCUGUGAAAAUGAACUUAGCCAUAAAGUUUAUGGAAAAUGUGUUUGAUAAUGGAUUUGCAGAGGAAGCUCCAGAGGUCCAAGAGGGAGAAGAAUGUUGGUAUCUUCCCAUAUUCCCAGUAUUCCAUCCAAAAAAGCCCAACAAGAUCCGUAUGGUUUUUGACUCUUCAGCCAUUUAUCAAGGACAUUCAUUGAACUCUUCCUUACUUCAAGGACCGGAUCUUACUAACAAUCUACUCGGCGUACUUUUGCGUUUUCGUAAGGAGCGUGUCGCCAUCACUGGAGAUAUAGAACAGAUAUUUCAUAUGUUUCACAUUGAUGAAGAACACAGAAAUUUCGUUCGUUUCAUAUGGUUUAGAGACAAUGAUCCUACCAAGUCUCUUCAAGACUACAGAAUGUGUGUACAUCUAUUCGGGAAUUCACCGUCACCCGCUGUCACCACAUAUUGUCUCCACAAAUGUGUAGAAGAACCUUGUGAUAGUGAUGUGAAAUAUUAUGUUACAAGAAACUUCUAUGUUGAUGAUGGACUGUCGUCUUACAAUACAGACAAUGAAGCUUUAGAUAUUUUGUUAAGAACACAGGAAAUUCUAAGAGAUAGAGAUCUCAAAGAUGUACCAGAAACAAAGCGUGGUGUGCUAUCUUGUUUACAUAGCCUGUUCGAUCCUAUAGGAUUCCUGUCACCUGUCAUUUUGGCUGGAAAAUUUAUUUUUCGUGACAUUACACAGUUACAACUUGGAUGGGAUGAUCCUCUUCCUAGAGACAUAAUCCUGCGUUGGCGGUCAUGGCGAAGCUCUCUUCAUCACCUAUGCAAUGUGAAGAUACCUAGGCGAUAUGUUGCAGUAUCUAUGAAAAAUGCUGAAAAGAUCGAGCUCCACACCUUUGCUGAUGCAUCUGAAAAAGCUAUAUCUGCUGUUACCUACAUCAAAGUUACAAACACUGGAGAAACCUACAUAGGAUUUGUAACCGGAAAAUCUAAACUAGCUCCUCACCAUGGACAUACAGUUCCAAGACCAGAAUCCGGCUGA